AAGAGGGAUAAUUAAAUUUUACAAGAAGAGGAAAGGAAACCGCCAGAAAAUGGAAUCCAUUCGAAGAAAGGAGAGUUCGACUGCCCUGACAAAUCCUAAUAACAGUCCUAUCAUGAGCAGAGCUUUAUCAACGCAGUUGUUACCACACGAGCUAC